UUUCAAGUGUUAAGAUUCGAUAUACGUGUAAACAGUUUUUAAAUGUAUCCUAAAAUGUAUGUUAUCUUUUUAUACUUUUUUGUCUAUUUCCAAGUAGCAAACGCCGGCAAGUUAUCUGAAGAACAAGUCAAAUGUGUUUAUAGCAUGGUACAAUGGUCUCAUGAUUUCAAUAGAGACGACGGAGUUAACAAAGAUGAAAUACAAAUAUACUUGAAGAAAAAACUGACCAUAUAUGGAAUAACCGAACAAGAAGUCGAUGAAAUGACAAGCGAUUUUCCAGAUACAUCUGUCACAUUAAAACAGUUUUUAUCGCUUAUGGACGGUUAUGAUAACAACAUUGUGGACCCUAGUUUACCAAUAAAAGUCGAUUAUACAGUGCAAGUUAACUAG